AUGACUACAGCCAAGGCCUCCACCUGCUGCCGCAAGGGCACCGACGCCGAAUGCGCCUGUGCCCAAAAGGCCACCUGCUCGUGCGGCAAGCAAUCCGCCCUUCACUGCACCUGCGCCAGCGCCUCCUCCGAGAAUGCCGUCGAUGGCCCGCGCUGCUCGUGCCGCGCUCGUCCCGCCGGCCAGUGCACCUGCGACCGGGCCGCGACCGAGAACGCGCCCGUUUCAGGCUCGACCUGCCAGUGCGGCGCUCGACCAGCCACUGCGUGUACCUGCGAAAAGGCUGCAGAUGGCGGCUACAACCCUGCCAACGAGGUCGACUUUACCAACUACUCCAAAUAA